AAAACUUCUUUCUCUCUCUCCUUGUCAUUUUGCCAUUUCAACUCUUACGCGUUUUUUUAUUUGUAAUCCUAAGUUAUUAGUAUGAUAACUGAAGAAUCAGUUCUCACUUCCUUCUUACUUAAUAGUGAACUUGCAGAUAAUUUAUCUCUCAAACAGUUCACUAACCUUUUUCCUGUAACAUAUAGAAACAAUCCUCUUAUAAAGACAUUAUAUAGAGAAUUUCAAUUAGAGCGUAAUACAAUUAGAGAAACUGUAAAGGCAAAUAUAAUUGAGGAAUGUAGAAAACCUGAACAAUGGGAAAAUCUUGAAGAUAAUAUGGAAGUUGACGAUGAUAUAGAUGAACCAUAUGAUGAGUUUGAAGAUAAUCGACUCUCGUUAAAACAAGCUAUUUCUAUCUUAUCUAAAGCUAAGAGACAUAUGACAUAUGAAAUCUAUAGGAUGAAUGAGGAUUUUAACGAAUUAUUCGAGGGGAUAGAAAAUUCCAAAAAUGAAUUAAGUGAUUUAGUAUAUGGUAGAAUUCCAAAAGAAGGUUUUGGUAAAGAUGAUGCUAUUGAUGGACUGAAGGCGUUAACGAAAUCAUGUAAUGAUAUGCUAGAAAUAAAUAAAUGAAUAAGAUAUUAAUUUCUCACGUGUUUUUUUCAAAAAAAAAAAACACUCUUAAUUAAACACGAUA